AUGUUCUUCGCAGGCUCGCAGGAACAAUUCUCCGAUCAUCUGCUCCACGACGCAUCACCAGAUCCGAUUCCUCCUCCAGCGCCGUCGUGCUCGAAGGGCCACCGAUCCACGCUCUGUCUCCGCACUCACCACGGCGGCACACUCUGUCUCCUCUGCUUCUCCGAUCUCGUCUCCGAUCCGCGCGCUCCCACCGUCCAUGUAUCCUACGCGCUCUCUCAGCUCUCUCUUGCACUCUCCGAGCCUCUCUUCCUCCGAGGUCUGCUCUCUUCCCACGCCCACUUCCUCGUCUCCCCUCUCGUCCAUGCACUCUCAUCCUUCGAAGACGCUCCCAUCGCCAACCAGGUUGUCGACAUCGUCCGUGUUCUCUGUUCAGCGGAGAUAUCUUCCUUCGGUGGAGAUUUUCUUGGGAGGGUCGCGGAUCAGCUCUCUUCUGGUGCCUUGGCUUGGAGCCGAAGACAGCUUCACAUGCUCCACUGCUUUGGGGUUUUGAUGAACUGUAAGAAUAUAGACAUCUAUGCCCAACUCAGAGGAAAAUUUUCCCUUGCGUCCCAACUUGUCGAAGGUCUUCAGUUGCCGAGCGAGGAGAUCCGUGGAGAGAUCCUUUUUGUGUUGUACAAAUUGGCGGCUUUGCAGUUCUUGCAAGAAGAUGCUGAUGGAGCCGAUGUUAUUUCUUCACUCUGCCCUAAGCUCUUAUAUCUAUCCUUGGAAGCUCUUGCAAAGACACAGAGGGAUGAUGUCCGUUUGAAUUGUGUAGCCCUUUUGACCAUCAUGGCUCAGCUAGGUCUUUUUGCAAAUUCACAUGCGUAUUCCAGCAACAGCUCAGGUGAAGGGGAUGACCCUAUGCAGACAGCAGACACUGUAACUGAAGGGCCUCGUCUAGAUGUCUUAUUUGCUGAGGCUAUUAAAGGCCCAUUGCUUUCAACAGAUAGUCAGGUGCAAAUAAGCACGCUUGAUCUUAUCUUCCACUAUGUAUCUCAGGAGAGUAUGCCGAACAAACAGAUUCAACUUCUGGUGGAAGAAAAUAUUGCUGAUUAUGUGUUUGAGAUAUUGAGAUUAACAGAGUGCAAGGACCCAGUCGUCAACUCAUGCCUCCGAAUUCUUGAUCUUUUUUACCUUUCCGAGCAUGUCUUUCGGCAGAGACUGGUUGUUGGAUUUCCUUCAGUUUUACAGGUGUUUCAUUAUGUAGCCAGUGUUCCUUUCCACCCUUUUCAAGUUCAAACACUGAAGCUCAUUUGGAGCAGUGUUUCUGAUUUUCCUGGGAUUGCAUCAAGUUCUCAAGUUAAGGAUAUUGUUCUUCUUUUGUCACGGAUGCUCGAAAGAUAUUACUCUCAGGAGAUGGGUUUACUUCCAGAUGCAUUUAAAAUAAUCUGCUCCAUCCUUGUCGCGCUAGUGAGAACACCAUCUUUUGCAGAGAUUUCAGAUGUGGUAACAUGUUUGCAAGAAUCUCUGAGACAUGCCGUUUGGGCUUGUCUUGGUCUUCCUGAGAAAGAUUCAACCCAGAUCUUGCAUGCAGUCUACUUACUCAGUGAAGUACAUGCUUAUUGUUCCGAAUCCUCAUCCAUAAGCAAGCUAAAUUGUACUGAAUUAAGACGCUGCAUAAUAGAUGUGUGUACAUCACAUCUACUACCUUGGUUUCUCACUGCUGUCCACGAGAUCAAGGAGGAAGCAACUCUUGGCAUAAUGGAGACUUUUCAUUCUAUUCUGCUUCAGUAUUUUGAUAUCCAAGUCGUGGAGUUUGCAAAUGCACUUGUUUCAGCAGCUUGGUUCAGCUUUUCAUUCGGUUGUCUAGGAUACUUCUCUACAGACCAUAUGAGACAGAGGGUAUAUCUGAUGCUCAGUUCACUUGUCGAUAUCCUUCUCGGAGAUAAAAUGGGGCAACCUAUUAGAGAUGCUGCUCCUUGUCUGCCGCCUGAUCCAAAAGAUUUGCUGUUUCUGCUAGGGCAAGAUAGUUCCAACAAUCCAGAGUUGUCUACCUGCCAACCUGCUGUUCUGCUCAUUUUCCACACCAGUUCACUCCACAAUGACAGGCUUGCAGAUGAUAAGCUAGUUUUAGCGGCAUUGGAACAAUAUAUUCUUGUAAACAGGACAAGUUACAUAUGUGAGCUAUCUGAUUCUCUAGCUAUGCUCCAUCUUGUGAAUCUAUAUGGCAUUUGCAGGAGUCGUCAGCGUGAGAGUUACCAGAUAUCCUACAGUCUAGAAGCCGAGAGGAUAAUCUUCCAUCUACUAAAUGAAAGUAAUUGGGAUUUGUGCUCAUGUGAUAUUCAUCUAAUAUCAUUCAAGUGGCUCUUUCAACAGGAAAAUAUCACCAAGGGCUUAACUCACCAAAUCCGGAAUAUCUCCCAGAAAUUGGUUGGAAAUGAACUGCAUAAUGUCCAUGGGCAGAGAUCAUUCGUACGUGACUUUGCGGAAUUGGUUUCAGAAGGAGAUAACUAUGGAGCAACUCUUUUGGUUCACUUGUUGGCACAACAUGCAGGGAAGGAAGAUCAAGAAAAUGGCCUUAUACCGAUUUUAAAUCUCAUGAUAGCUGUCAUUUGUAUAGCUCCAACUUCUUCAGACCAGUUGUCAUUGCAAGGCGUUGGCAGCGCAAUUCAGAGACUCUUCUGUGGUUCAACCAACUCAUCCUCGGGAAAGACUUUCACAACUCUCCUACUGUUAAUGUUCAACAUUUUAGCUUCUGUGCAACCUGAAGUGCUGAGAAAUGAUGAAUCAUGGUUUGCUUUAACUAUAAAGUUAUUGAACUACUUCAGCAUGCAAGGCACUGUCUUAACCCAAAAUCAUGAAACUUUAAUAAUGGUUGGCAUUCUUUGCUUGGUUUUGAACCAUUCCUCAAGCGGAGCACUCUUGGAAGCUUCCAAAAGCAUAGUCUUGAGCCCAGUCUUGGCAUCCAAAAUGCACACUGUGGUCGAUGCAGCUUGCUCAAAGGGUCCAGCUUUGGGCGAAAAUUAUCAUGGAACUGACAUUGGAAACAGUCUAGCAUUUGUGUUGCUUCUUUCCUUCUUCACUAUGAAAAGCUUGCAGGCAGUUUUACCCGCCGAAGCUGUGGACUGGCAAAAUUUCUUUGGCCCAUCAGAAAACCGGGAAUCACUUCCUGUAAUCGGCGUAUAUUGUCAUGAUUUGUGCCGUCUGAUGCAUUUUGGAUCUCCUGUAAUCAAACUCAUCGCCUCAUAUUGCCUUCUCGAGUUGUUUACUGAACUCUCGGAGCAUAUCACAGCUGAAAACGAGCGCUUAAGAUGCUCCUUGAGCUACAUAAAAUCAGUGAAGGCUGUGUUAGUCGGUCUGAUAUUCUACGAAGAUAUAAGAGUUGCGAUAAACUCUGCUCUCUGCUUAUCCAUAAUCUUGGGAUUGGAAGACAUGGAAAUGGAAGAAAGAGGAGAGACACUUACUACUAGCUCAUGGUACAGGUUGAUUGCCGAAAAAAUGUCAGUGUACUUGGCCGUGCCUUGUUUGCCGUCAAAGGUUUUUAUUACCCAUCACAAGCCGGCGAUCUAUGUGACCGUUGCUCUGCUAAAACUCAGAAACAAGCCGGGAUGGCUAAGAAAUGUCCUUGACGAGUCAUGCGUGUCCAGAAUGAUUCAAAACCUCACCCCGACCAACAUCAGCAGUGAGAUAGUGCUUUUGUUUCGAGAAUUUCGGCGGUCUCAGUACUUGAACACUGAGCAAAUCGCCAUGUUGAACCACAUAUUCCUGGCAAGCAGAAAACAAAUGCACAGGUCAGAAACUCAAAACGAGACCGUUGAAGAACGAGCAGAAGGGACAAUAUGUUCAGUUGAAGAUCAUGGAGAAAUCUGCAAUUACCUCAUUGGUUUGAUGAUAUCAGAGUCACUUGGACACACUAAUCCAAAUGGAUCUCAUAGCCAAAAGAAUCGGCUUUCAGAUGAAAUCGAGCAGUUUUUUAAAUCUGUCACGAACGGGAGCGAACGAUAAUACCGUUUCUCGUACAGU